UCUACCGCGCGGGCCCAAAAGACGACCCAAGAGGAGGACGAUCGCCAACCAUCAAAGCGUAAGCCAAGAAGCCAGUUUCGCGUUCAUCGGCUCUCGUGUACCGACCGGCCCGGCGACCUACCAUCACGGGGUUGGAAGACGCCGCGGAGGAAGACCAAGAAGUGAACGAACUGCGCUUUCGUUUCGGUUCGUUAUCCUCCACUUGCCCACUGUGCUCAGGGUGGCGAGGAAGAGCGCGUGCUGGGUUGGGUGGUAAGCAGCAGCAGCAGCGUGUUCGCUUAAUGAGAUUGCUAUUCUCUUUGAUGUGGUGUUGAGCGAGGGAUGGGAAAGAGAGGGAAGCUGCAAACGAUCGCGCAUUCAACGAUCACCGAUCGAAGUGUGUUCAAUAGACUACAAUUGGAUCCGGAGAGAGAGGGAACGACGAACCGUUUGAUCCCACCCCAAAUCAGAGGCGAGGAACGGUGAUUCGAACCAAUCAGAGCACGGUUCGAUCGAGCAGGUAUGGAACGAUCGUGGGAGAGAGUGAGAUGCAUGCUGGAGGGUGUGACUGAGAUGGAGAAAUCACGGAGGGUUUUAUGCGCUGAUGACCAACGAGGCCGGUCGACGAUCGGGAUCGGAAACAAAGAAUCGAAGAAUGUGUGGAAAUGCGGUGGGAGAGUGAGAAUUUGCGAGUGAGCUUUCGCUCUCGAUCGACGAUCGACUGGUGUUUUAACGGAUUCGAAUCGAUGAAACGCUCGAGCUACAGGUGUUAUACAGGUGGGAGAGAGCGAGCUUACGCGAGAGAAAGGGAAUCGAUCGAGCAGUUAUGUGCGGUAUUCCGGCAAAAACCAAGGCGGAGACUGAAGGAAGCAUAAAGAGGACUCGGUGAUGAACAAAUAAAAGGAAUAGCGAAAGAAGAAGGUACCUUACCGUGAAGUGGUUUCUGUGGGCUCAUAGUGAUCCACACACAUAUGUGUAUGGCUGAGAAUGGCGUGGAAUGGAGGAGAUCGCACCAGUUGAAGCACCUUACGGUGAGUUGGUGAGGCGCGUGAGUACGCAACAGGUUCCAGGGGUUCGGGCCGCGAUCUCUCUCUUUUGUAUGCGCAGGUAUGUUACAGUUCGUCGGGUUUUGCCAGGACAGGUUCCUGUGCGGUGUCUCUCCAGCAGCGGUUCAGGUGAGCUUUAUGCUCUCGCUCGCGUGGAUGAGAGAACGAUCGGAAACAACAACAGAAACUGUAUCGAUCAGCUCCGGGUACGUACGGGUCUGGACCAAGAAGGUCACGGUUAGAUCGCGACGAUCUCCAGCGAACAGUGUUUGUACAAACGUCGAGCCAGCGGGUUGGCUUUCUAGCAACAGGGCUCUCUCCCGAGCGCUUCCUUUCCGCGUUGUGUAUUUGUUUCGGUUUUCAACAGAGGUCGUCCGGGACUUGAACUCCCGGUUUUUGGGUGGUGUGAAAAGUUGUCCGGUUUUGUUUGUUUUGCGUCGUACGAUCGCGUUCUCUCCUUACGAGGACAAUUCGGUUGUGUGGUGUGUGUCUUUUGGACAAGUCUGCCCCGUCGGUACUCGCGGAUCAACGUGUGCAAUAGCAACUUUCCGGUGUACCUGAACGUUGAAGAUUCGUUAUAUUUGUGGGAGAUUUUAUGGUUCUGAUCGAAGAUCAUCCGCCGUUUGUAAACUAUGUUCUGUCGCGCGAUGAGUGAAGCGAAGUCUGAUUGAACCAAGUGUCAAGUGCGUUGUGCAACAGUGUGAAUAGAAAACCCCAUUCAAUCAAAAUUACAUGUCGAAAAACAGAUUGUGAAGUGUAGAAAAUCUCAGCAGAUAAUCAUGGAAACCUGCGUCCUGAUACCGCAGGAGUUCGCCCUGGCCGUGACGGGCCUUGGAGCGCGCAACUCCCGGGACCAAACCGCUACCGUGUGGUCCAAUUCGGCGAUCCCGCAGGGAACGCUGUGCUAUCCCUUCCAGGGAACGGUCCGGAUCGACAACCUGGACGUCUACAGCUACGUGGACGAGGACGAUAUUCGCCACCGCUUCGGGCUGUACGACGAGAUCACCACCGCCAACGGAAGGCGCGUUCGCCACUGCAACUGGAUUCGAUUCCUGCGGGUGUCGGAAACCUACGGCCCUCAGGUGAACGUCGUCUGCGCCAAGGUGAAAGGUGAACCGAUCUACGAGAUCGUCAAGCCCAUCCCCUCCCACCAGGAGCUGGUGGUGUACUACCUGCCCGAAGGCCCCGAGGAGCUGUUCUUCAUCCGAAUGCGGAGUCAGCUCUACCGCCAGACCAUGGAUUCGAUACUGGAAGACUCCCCCCUGGACCUGUCGACGUCCCUGCUCUCGCGGGUAAUGCUUCCGAUCUCACCCCCGUCCGGCACGGAAGACGAACGCAAGUCCGUUUCCGGCGACAGUUCCAUUUCGAUCUCGUCCGGAGCCAGUACCAGCGGCGGCGAUCUGGACACCUGCUCCGCAAUCCAACCGACGGCGCGGAGUUCCCCCAAGGCUCGCCCAUCUCGGGGCGAGCGCGCGAUGCUACCGUGCGAGGUGUGCGGUAAGGCCUUCGAUCGUCCUAGUCUGCUCAAGAGGCACAUGCGAACGCACACCGGCGAGAAGCCCCACGUGUGCGGCGUCUGCGGGAAGGGUUUUAGCACGUCCAGUUCGCUCAAUACGCACGUGAGGAUCCACAGCGGCGAGAAGCCGCACCAGUGUCAGGUGUGCGGCAAGCGGUUUACGGCCAGCUCCAAUCUGUACUACCAUCGGAUGACGCACAUUAAGGACAAACCGCACAAGUGCAGCCUCUGCUCCAAGUCCUUCCCGACGCCCGGUGAUCUCAAGUCGCACAUGUACGUCCACAACGGUUCGUGGCCCUUCAAGUGCCACAUCUGCUCCCGAGGCUUCUCCAAACAGACGAACCUGAAGAAUCACCUUUUCCUGCAUACCGGUGACAAACCGCACGUUUGCGAGGUGUGCAACAAAUCGUUCGCCCUGGCCUGCAACCUGAAAGCGCACAUGAAAACGCACGAGGAAGGUGCCCAAGACGGCCAGACGUCAUCGCGAGCCGCCAGCAGUGCCGGCCAGCACAGUCACAGCGAAGGCGAAGAAUCCAGCCCCCCUCUCAGCUUCGGCAAAGCCACCGAAGAGCGACUGAACUUCAGUAAACACCUGCUCUUCUCCAACUACACCAAGCAGAUGCUGUCCGGGGUGGGUUGAGAUUCGGUAGAUUUCGCCGCCGUCGGAGUUCGUCAUUCCGUCCCAGCUGUCAGUUCCGCCAAGGGAAAUGCUUCCACCACCCAACAGGUUCGGGGGCAUUGGGGGAACUGCGGCUCCUCGCGCCAACUAAUAGCAACUGUCUACUAGCUAAGUAAGAUCAGAACCUAAACAAAACCGCACUGAGUGUUUAAAAGUUUUUUUUUCUCACGUCCCUAUGUGUUUAAAUAUUUAACUACAUUGUACAUUAAUUUUCUAAUGUGUGACAGCCAGGAGCUAGAUGUAUUUAAAAGUUCGCAUUUUCGGAACUGUUUUUUCGUUUCGUGUGUUAGACGCUAGAGGGGAAAAAGGCGAUCGUCGUCUGCUGAGCGGGCUUUUUUCCCCAGUUAGGAUAUCAGAAGAGUCAGGUCAUCGAACGAUUCGCUACGUGUUGUAAAUAAUUCGAUUCUAUGAUGUCAUAAAUUAAUACCCUAAGAUUGUGUGAUUUAUUUCCCCUUCCCCCACUCUCCCCCGACCCAACCCAUUGUACUUGUACUUAUCAGUAUCUGAGAAGAGAUUUUAUUGAAAAUAUAAACAAAUAAAAGUGUACAGUAACUGUCGAAAUAAUUGAAAAUCAUUGCCUGAG